GAUAUUUCGUGCAACUGCGCGGAUUAUUGCCUAGAUCCUAACAGCUCUGAAAUCGAAGUAAGUUUGCUAUAAUUCGGUCUGAUAAAAAUAAUACAAUAUCAUUUCCUCUUUGUACUGAAGUCACACAGGUUCUUUUAUCACUUUAGACAUAAACAAGCUGUUACAAAAUUUUUUAGCGGCAAAAUUGAAUGAAGAAUAGGAAAGCCUGGUUCACUAACGAGAGCUGUGGUAGAAAAGUUACUUGUUAUAUUUGUGAUUUAUUCAAUUGCUCAUUCAAGGGUGUUUCAAGUUAAACGCCUUGCACUCCGUUUACCCAAGAAGCGAUUGCAAAUUGAAUAUACACCAAAGCGGGGAUCAAACUAAAAUGAGUAAUACAGAGACGUGUAAAUUGCGUUGAUUAAUAGUUUUUAUCAGUUUCCUACAUCAUCAUCUUAAAUAUUUUACUUAUUUGCCUAUUUAAAAAGAUUUAUUUCAAUCUUUACUAUUUCAUCUAUUUUGCUUAUUGCAGAAACUUAUUUGGAUUGAAAACAACCCUAUUUUCUGCAAAGAAUCCGCGACAGUUGAUAUUGAAAACAAACCGUACAUGAAGCUCUGUUUCUUUGAAUGUUGUCGCACAUGUAAUGGACAAUACCACAAUUGUGUGCAGAAAUCGGCCCGACAGACCUGUUUGAAGACAGCUUAUGAGUGCGCCAGUGAAUGUUCUAAGAAAAGGUCACUGAACAUAACUAUUAAAGGAUGGUAA